AUGAAUCCUUUUAUUAUAUCGUCACCUUCAUCAAAUAAACAAUCUCUAAUACCAUCAACUACUCCUUCAACUACAUCUUCUCCUUCAUCAACCUUGAAUCAUUCUUCAUCAGAUCAAAUCCAUCAUAAUACUAAUACCCCCACCAUUACUUCCAUACCUUCAGAUUCAGAAUACAUGUUAUCAAAUAGUUCCAUCAGUUCUCCUCAAACUUAUAUGCAUGAUGCCAAUAAGACUAUCAAUAAUGUUUCAUCAUCAUCUAUAAAUAAUAAUAAUAAUAGUAAAAUCAUAUCUUUCGAACAUUUAAUAAGACCACCGGCUCCUAAAUUUCAUCAAGAUCAUACCGGUUAUUCACCUCAAAGAUCUUCAUCUACUUCAUCUAUACCCUCAGCAACUGCAAAUAAUAAUAUGACUUCCUCAUCUACCACUACCGCCACUAUAACAACCCCAACUUAUUCUCCAAUUAAUAGUAAUAAUAACAACAUUAAUAAUUAUACUUCCAAUAGUGUUUCAACUCCUCCACCAAAUAUCCGUCAUAAUACUUAUAAUCAUGAAUUUUAUAAUUCAUCUUCAUUCUCUGAUUCUUCAAUGAUAUCAUCAUCUGCAUCUACAACUUCAUCAUCAUUAUCUUCAUCUCCACGUUUAGGUUUAAUGAAUUAUUCCCCUAAACAUGCCAGAAAAAUAAGUGCAUCUUCUAUUAAUAGAAAUAUGAAAAAUCUAUCAUUGAAUUUAAAUGGUUCAAAUAAAUCAAAACAACAAUAUUUAAAUACUACUAAUACUAAUAAUAAUGGUUAUCAUUCUAAUUCAUCUUCAUUGGAUUCUAACAUGACAAAUUCAUCAAUUUCAUCUCCUUCAUUUGUUACUAAACCUUCAACAACAUCAAGAAAACUUUCAUUAUCAAUUCCUUUGGAUUUAAAUUCAUCUAAUUCAAGUCAUGGUGCUACCACUACCACUAUUAUUCAACAUCAUCCGUCGACAUCUACUUCAUCAUCAUCUACUACCACCACUACUACAACUACCAUAAUCACUCCAUCCGUAACGAAAACUCCUGCAUUACCUCCAUUAAUACCAAGACAAAAAUCACAUAAUGAUCAUGAUAUUGAAGUUUCAAAUAAAAAUGGUAUAGCAUUUAAAUUCCCCAGUAAAGAUAAUAAUUAUUAUCUGAAUAUUAAUGAUUUAUUGGAUACUUAUCAAGGUUCAACUCCAUUGGAACAACAACAACAUGAAUAUUUACAACUUCAACAAGAAGCUGUUGAAAACAAUAAAUUAAAGAGUCCUUUAAUUUUAAAUGGUUCAACUCCCACUACUACCACCACCAAUAUGAUUAAUGAUGAAUUAAAUAAUGUUAGUUUGGAUGAUAUUGAAGAUGAUACAGUUCAAACUACUCAAUAUCAAUUAUCUACUCCUUUACAUUUCCAAAGAUCAAAUUCAUAUCCUAAUAGUGACAAUGUUACCAGUAAUACUUUCCAACAUAUUCCUGAAGAAUUACAAGAAUCAAAUCAAUUAAAUGCAUACCCACUUGGACCAAGAAAUGUAUUGAACAAUCAAAUAUAUCUUUAUUCAGAUCCAAAAGAUGAUGCAAAGAUCAAUAUCAAUGAUUAUGAUUUGAUUAUUAAUGUUGCUAAAGAAUGUAAAGACUUAACUAAUGAAUUCAUUCCGCAUACUUUGGAUUCUCAUGAAUAUCUUUAUUAUCCAUGGUCCCAUACUACUUCCAUUUCUAAAUCAUUAUUGCCCAUCGUUACCAAGAUGGAAACUUUCAAUAAUAAGGGGUUAAAGAUAUUGGUUCAUUGUCAAUGUGGUGUUUCUAGAUCAGCAUCAGUGAUCGUAGCUUACUUCAUGUUUAAAUUUAAAAUUGGAGUUAAUGAAGCUUACGAAUUAUUGAAAUCAGGAACAAAUAAUCUUGAUCAAGCUGUUAAUAAAUCAAUUGGGGACAAGGGUAAUCACAUAGAGGCAUGUGAUAAAAUAUGUCCAAACAUGUCAUUAAUCUUUGAAUUAAUGGAAUUUGGAGAUAUAUUAAAAUCAAAUAAUAAAAAUAAAUAA